AGAUGUGCAAUUACGUGAAUUUGACAAAUUUGUUUGCCACGCCUAGGAUAGGGAGAUUCAAAGUGAGCAGGAUUAAAAUUUUUGGUUAAAAAGUUUUUUUGCAAAUUUUGAUUUUCGAUAAAGACGAAAGAGUUUCGUGUAAAAUGGCAAAUUUAACAACGUCGAUCGGGUUAAUGGGAUAUGAGAAUAAGACGAAAAGCUCAAUGCAAAGAAUAAAGAUGAUAAUCGUUUAAUACGAUUUGUUUCGAAACUUUUUUUUUUUUUAUUAUAAUUUCGAUAUACUUUUUGUUUUAUCCUCGAAGAGGUAAAUCCGUAACGGUAGAAUUUGAUCGGUGCUAAAUGUCGACGAAAGCAGAAGGGCCAUCAUCUCCACGACAAUUUUUUGCCCGAAUUUAUGGACAUCUUGAAGCGAAAAAAGUUGAUGGUACCGAGAAAAAUGAUGAGAACAGGACUGAACCGAAAUCAAGUUUUGAACUUUCCUCGAAUAUUCUUCUUUACAAUAGAAGCACGUUAGAUGCGGAUAAUUCUUCGAACGAUGAAGUUAUACAAGUAACAGGUAUAAAAGAAAAAUCCUCGGAUCGGAGCGGAAAACAGAAUACCAAUGAAACAAAUAUUUUAAUGAACGAGAAAGAAAAGAACUCGAAUUUUUUUAAUUUAAGAUUGCCAUUAUUUCACGAACUUCAUCAAUCUAGACCAGCCAACCAUCCUGUAUUCUUAUCUCAAGUUACAUAUCCAUCUGCGCUUCCGCCACAUUUUCAUAAUUUACCAUAUUUUCCAACUUCGGAACACCAUUUGCAAGGAUUUUCGGCUUUCUUAGCUCGCAAGAGAAGAAAAGAGGGAAGACCACGAAGGCAAAGAACAACUUUCAGUGGUGAACAAACAUUAAGAUUAGAAGUUGAAUAUCGUAGAGGAGAAUAUAUUUCUAGAGGACGAAGAUUUGAACUUGCCACAUCUUUACACCUUACAGAAACCCAAAUUAAAAUUUGGUUUCAAAAUCGGCGUGCCAAAGACAAAAGAAUAGAGAAAGCACAACUUGAUCAAUAUUAUCGGAAUUUCGCCAUUUCUAAUGGAAUAAAUUUGCCAAUUUAUGGUAGAAACGGAUUCUGUGAAUUUUGUUUUUAUAAAAAGACAUUUGGAUCUACUACUAGUCAUUCAUGUGCUUCAAUGAAUUCUGUUACCGGAACUUUUCCAAAACAACAAUGUAAUAAAAGUGAAAAUGAUAUAGAUAGUACAUCAAAUAUACUAUUUUCUGCUUGA